GGUGCGUGUGCGCAUGCGCCAGAGAGUGGGGCUCGACCGUCACGUCACGUUUAGCCCCACCCAAUACAGGAAAGAAGAUUCGCUCCGUGAGCGGCGAUCCACCCGAGAAAGGCUGCUGAAACGAACCCCUCCCUCCCGCUGAGGACCUGGCGGUGGCGGAGCUGCGAAUCAACCUGUGACUGCGAGAGUUGUCGCUGUGAAGGGAGCGGCGGCUGUCACUGAGGCUCUGUUUGUUGACAAGAGAGAGAGAGAGACCGAAAGCUAACGGUCGACAAGCUGAGCGUCGCCGCUCGGCCGUCUCUUUCCUCGGUGGCUUCCGACCGCUUUCAGACCCGGAGAAUGUCAAAGGAGGCGGACCGCCUUGAGGGUGCAGAAGACGAGGAGUCGAAGGAGGAGGAGAGGAGGCCGGAUGCUCCCGAGGCGACAGUGAGCAAGAGGGGCCGGGCCACUACUCCGAGCCCCCGAAGGGGGGACACUCCUCAAGCCAGCCCCCCCAGGUUCGUCUCCGUGGAGGAGCUGAUGGAGACGGCUAAAGGAGUCACCAACAUGGCUUUGGCCCAUGAAAUAAUGGUCAACCAGGAUUUUCAAGUCAAACCUGCGGUGCUUCCUGAGGGGAGCUUGGAGCGCCAAGUGAAGGAGAUAAUGCACAAAGCAUUCUGGGAUUGCUUGGAAGCCCAGUUGAUGGAGGAGCCGCAGACGUACGGACACGCCAUCAAACUGCUGGCGGAGAUCCGAGAGACCCUGCUCUCCUUCCUGCUGCCGGGCCACGGCCGCCUGCGCUCCCGCAUCGAGGAGGUCCUGGAUCUGCCCCUGAUCCAGCAGCAAGCUGAGAAUGGCGCGCUCGACAUCGGCAAGCUGUCGCAGUUCAUCGUCGGGAUGAUGGGCUCGCUGUGCGCCCCCUGCAGAGACGGGGACAUCAGCAAGCUAAAGGAGGUCCCCGACAUGGUGCCCCUGCUCAAGGCUAUAUUCUCCGUGCUGGAUCUGAUGAAGGUGGACAUGGCUAACUUUGCCCUGACCAGCAUCAGGCCUCACUUGAUGCAGCAGUCGGUUGAGUACGAGAGGAGCAAGUUUCAGGGGUUUCUGGAGAAACACCCCAAUGCCUUAGACUACACUGAGAAGUGGCUCGAGGACACGGUGAGGUGCCUGAGGGAGGACGGUUCCUGUGGCGCCGCGUCGUCCGACCCACCCUCCCUCCUCGCCGCCAACGUCCACAAUUGCGCCUAUCUCCGCCUGCUGAGCUGGGACCACGCCUCCGACCCCUUCCCUGAGACGGUGUUGAUGGAUCAGGCCCGGUUCCAGGAGAUGCACCGGGAGGAGGAACAGCUGGUUGUGCUCUCCUCUGUGCUGCUCAUCGUCUACACCACCACGGGGGAGGCGAUCUCGGGCCUCCCGGGGCUGAUUGAGAAGCUCAAGGGCGUCGUCAACGCCAUGCUCGCGGACAUGCACGCACCGUCUUUCAGUCUCCAGGAGGCCUUAGCGACCAUCGGGGAGAAACUGUGUGUUGAGCUGAGUCAGUGUCUGAGCCAGCAUGGCUAUUCUCCAUUCGCGGCCGACCGAAAGGGCACUCUGAGGGGACAAAUAUCAGCCAUCGUGCAGCCGGACAACACCGUCCGCAAGCUGAUGGAGUCCCGGGUUCAGAACUACCUGCUGGCCUCCCUGAUGUCCAGUCAGCACAAGACCCCUCCCCCUCUCCCAGGAGGCCUGGCCCCGGUCGCCAGGGAGGUGAAGGAGCUCGCCGUUCGCUUCAGUCGCCUCAUCAACUUUAACAAGCUGGUCUUCUCCCCGUUCUACCAAAAGAUUCUCCAGAAACUACUAACAGCCGAGGAGAGUCCCAGCGCAGGGACGUGAACCCCCCCCUAACACUAGUAAGAGUUUAGUUUUAGAGAAACGGGUUGAGUACACGGACCUGUUCACCUUCAACCAGGAUAAUAAUAAAAAACUGCUGCAACCAUCGGUUGCAUUAACUCACAGCCUUGCUUAUAUCUCAGGCCUCAUAAGCUCAUCUGGCCAUGACGUGUUCAGUAUUACUAUCAUAUCUGCUUGAUAUCCGAGCCAAUACAAUACCCGUGUAUUUUAGAACCAAUACUAAAACAGGACCAAGUGUUAUUGUCACCUUACUUUGCAGCGCAUAUUAACACGUUUCUUUCUAUACAACAAAAAAAUAUAUAGAAUUAACAAAACUACGAUUUUAAAGAUCUAAGUUAAAGAUGUAAUCAGGGCCUUUAUUCAUCGAGUGUCUCAGUCCUCACUAGCCAACUGUUCUCAGAGUGACGCAUGUUUAGUCCUGCUGCGUUUAGGCCCAGAAGUAUUUUGUCAAUCUUUUAUUUAAUUUAAUUUCUUUUACCUAGACCCCAUCUAUUUCAAAGAGGCAUCAUACGAGAUUCGGUGAAUUUCUUUAUCGUCUUUUAUCGCUGGAGGCAUUUAACUGCUAUGCACUGUUAGCACUGCUAUGUGUGCUAACAGUGCUGACAGCUCAGGUGGGCUUCACUCCACUGUAUCUUUACAUAGCAAAUAGCUGUUUGAUGCUACAUCAAUACUCUGAAUGUCAUCCGUUUCCUCUUUUAAAAAGGUGCUCUUGAGGUGUCUCAACCUGUCGGGAGUUACACAAGAGACAUGCAGGGACACGUUCCAUGAGAGGGGCGCAGCCUCUGGAACGCUUGCUGACAAUUUAGGGGAUAGCUCCAUAUUUGGGGAAAUGCGCUGGCUUUUCUCAGCGAGAAGAUCGGCCAGCUGAUUUAGCUUCGCACAACGACUGGGAGCGGGAAGACAGGAAGUCUCCCUCAGUCCAAAGUCCACUGAAGUGCAGAAAUGACACUUUUUUACAGGCUUAAUAAAAACUAUUCUCUAUCUUGUAAGAGGCCCCCAGCCUAAAAAAUGAAUUGGUAACCUCCGACCCAGGUAACCAAGUUACCAUGGUGACCGCAGCGGCCUGGGUUCAUGUGGCCUUUUGCAUUUUGUCGUCCCCUGUUUUCCCUCGACUGAACCACCGAAUAAAGGCACGAAAUAUCUUUAAGAAAUAAGAACAAGCUUGAGACUAUGCCCGACAAGUACGUCCUGGAGCUCUCCUUCAGUAAGCAGGAGAUGAGUCAUUUCCUGGUCCAAGAGCACUCAUAAAGUGCUCGUACUCUGGAACACAGUCGCGCCAAACAUGCAUCACUCAUAGAAUGUUUGGCUGGGACGGACUCACGACAAUUUGAGAAAUGCAAACAAACCCCGGCUUAGUAUUCAGUACCGGCUUUUGAACGAUCAGGACAGCAGACGGCAGCAUGCUGCCUUCUCCUCUGCUGUUAGAAGGAACUCCGAUGCCACUUCAGAUCGACUUGGUGAAAGUAACGGUACACAUGUUUGGGUACGCAUUUCUUGCGGUGUAUAAGAAAAGAAAGAAAACAUACCUUUUUUGAACACUCAAUUUAUGUCAAAAUGUAAAGGCCUGCUUGAGGGUCCGAAAUGCAGCAAAGGGCCGAGACCAUGAAGUAUUUAAAUUACCACACUGAAUAAAUCCACCUGGGAUGGAACAGAUUCGUUGUGUAACAAGAAUCUGUGAAUAGCUUCGUUUUUUUUUUACUUUUUAGACUUUUUGUAUUCACUGUAUUCACAUUUCACAGUAUAUUAGGAAAAAAAAAAGAAAGUGAUCAGAAAGAACUGACGAGUCUUGGAGGGGAACCAGACUGCUGUCUUCGACCAAUUUGAACUGUUGCUCUCUUUAAUUAUCUCGUUCUUACUAUUUCUGAUGGUUAAUAAGAUGUUAAGAAUCCUUACUUAUGGCAAACACGUUGGGCCUCAUUCACUAAUGUGCGUGUAGAACACAAAAUAAUGAGACGUCAGAAAAGACCACUAUAUAUAUGACGUAGCCUCUUUUUUUUGAGUGGUGGUUUUCAUAAAGUAGGACGACCGACUUUUGAUUAGGACAUUAAUAGAUUAAGUUAUUUCAUACUUGCAGUUUUAAAUAUUCUUGUCUAUUAACGCCCGUUUGAAUGAAUUUAUUUUUUUUUUAAUCGAAGGUCGUUAUAAAUUUGUUCGCAGAGUGAGAACAAAGGCGAGGCAAUAACGAUGAAUCACGGAAAUUUGCGUGACAGUCGUUCGUACGCAUGGUUCAAGCCCAGAAUUGUGCUUCUCUAUUGUUUUGUUUUUUAUGAGGCCUGUUGCUUUUCCAUAAUAUUGUACACACACGAUACACUUGUGGUACCGCGUCGUCGCCCUUCAAGGCAGAAUGCCGUUGCCCAUAUUCCCCAAUUAAAUAAUAACGCCUUGCCACACCAAUCACACUGAUAUUUGUCUUUUAAUGUCAAUCCAACAUGCCAAUAAAGCAUUGUUUGCCCCACA